AUGAAAUUCUCCAAAAUUGCUUCAAUCGCUUUAUUAUCAGCAAUUGCUUCCUCAGAAGCCUUAACUACCACUUCUACCAAGACUUUUACAGUGUGUAGUCUGACAACCACCGUAUAUGUUACCGUUGAUGGUCCUUGUUGUCUUCCGGAUCCAUCUGGUACAGAGGCUCCUAUUACUAGGGGAACCACUGGAACUCGUUCAGAUGAUGAACCAGCUACUCAGGGUACCACUGAUGCCCCUUCGGGUAAUGAGCCAGCUACUCUGGAUAUUACUGAUGCUCCUUCGGGUAAUGAGCCAGCUACCCUGGGUACCACUGAUGCUCCUCUGGAUAACACUUCUCAAGAUCCAACCACGUUGACUACCGAGGCUUUGCCUACUACUGAAGAGCCAGGUUCUCCAACUAGCUCGGGUGAUGCCGAACCCAGCACUGUUGAUCCUGAGCUUAGCGAAUUUGCAAAGGAAAUACUUGACGCUCAAAACCAUAAACGUUCCCGCCAUGGAGCACCACCCUUAAGCUGGAACCAGGAUGUAUAUAAGUUUGCUCAGAAAGUAGCUGAUCUGUAUGUCUGUGGUAACAAUUUAGUGCAUACUGAGAACAAUCCCUACGGUGAAAAUUUAGGGUUAGGAUAUGCCAGUGGUACUGAUGUAGUUGAUGCAUGGUAUAGCGAAGGUGACAAUUAUGAUUAUGAGACCAGAACUGAGUUGAACCAUUUUACAGCAUUGAUUUGGAAAUCCACCACUGAUGUAGGCUGUGCUUAUAAGAACUGUACCGAUCUCAAUCCAGGAACUAGCAGAGAAUGGGGUUUGUAUAUCGUUUGCAAUUAUGAACCAGCUGGUAAUGUGAAUAGUGAAGAUGCCAGGAAAGACAAUAUAUUACCACCAACCAAAAGGUAA